CACCACUCUUCCUCACUCUCAUCUUCCUACGCUUCGGUCAGCAUAAUGGCGACUAACACACUCGGCUCAGAGAUUGUCGGGGUCAUUAACAAGCUACAGGAUGUCUUCACCGCCGUGGGGUCAUCGGCGUCUCAAAUAGACUUGCCUCAAAUCUGCGUGCUGGGUAGCCAGAGUAGUGGAAAGAGCUCUGUGCUUGAGAACAUUGUCGGCCGCGAUUUCUUGCCACGAGGAACUGGAAUUGUAACGCGUAGACCAUUAGUUCUGCAACUCAUAAACAGACCAGCACAGCCAGCUGCACCAAAUGGAACAGCUAAACCUGAGCUCAACGGCAACGAUCCUCACGCGAACGAGAACGAAUGGGGUGAAUUCCUUCACUUGCCUGGCCAGAAGUUCUACGACUUCAAUAAGGUUCGCGAGGAAAUUGUUCGCGACACUGAGGCCAAGACUGGUCGCAAUGCCGGCAUCUCGCCACUGCCCAUCAACCUGCGCAUCUACUCCCCCAAUGUCCUCACUCUUACGCUUGUUGAUUUACCUGGUCUCACAAAAGUGCCAGUCGGCGACCAGCCGCGAGACAUUGAGAAGCAGAUCCGAGACAUGCUCAUGAAGUUCAUCUCGAAGCCGUCAUGUAUUAUCCUCGCGGUGACCCCCGCCAACACUGACUUAGCGAACUCUGAUGGCUUGAAGCUUGCACGAGAGGUGGAUCAGGAGGGACAGAGGACGAUUGGUGUGCUUACCAAGAUCGAUCUCAUGGAUCAAGGAACAGACGUCGUGGAUAUUCUCGCAGGCCGGGUUAUCCCGCUGCGCUUGGGUUAUGUUCCAGUCGUGAACCGUGGUCAGCGCGACAUCGACCACAACAAGCCUAUCCAGGUCGCUCUCCAGUAUGAACGCGAGUUCUUCGAGAAUCAUGUUGCAUACAAGGGCAAAGCGCAGUACUGCGGAACGCCGUUCCUGGCGCGUAAGCUCAACAUGCUUCUUAUGCAUCACAUUCGUGCGACAUUACCAGACAUCAAGCAACGGAUUAGCACGCAGCUGCAAAAAUACAAUGCCGAGCUUAUGACUCUUGGAGGACCUAUGGGCGACCAGAGCUCAUCGGGUGUCGUCCUUUCUGUCAUCACUGACUUCUGCUCGGAGUUCCGCGCAAACAUCGAUGGCGGCACGAACGACCUGUCGCUCAACGAGCUGUCAGGUGGUGCUCGUAUCAGCUUCGUCUUCCAUGAGUUGUUCAAUCAGGGUGUCAAGACCAUUGAUCCAUUUGAUCAAGUUAAGGAUGGCGAUAUCAGAACGAUUCUCUACAACUCUUCGGGUUCAACGCCAGCGCUCUUCGUCGGCACUACCGCCUUCGAGGUCAUUAUCAAGCAGCAGAUCAAACGGCUGGAGGAACCCGGUCUGAAGUGCUGUCAACUUGUCUAUGACGAGCUGAUUCGGAUUCUCGGCCAAAUUUUGACAAAGAUCCAACAAUUCAGGCGAUUCCCUGCCCUUAAGGAGCGCUUCAACUCUGUAGUCGUCAAUUUUUUCAAGAACGCAAUGAACCCUACAACAAAGCUCGUGUCUGAUCUUGUUGCUAUGCAAGCCUGCUACGUGAAUACAACACAUCCGGACUUCCUGAACGGCCAUAAGGCCCUGUCCAUAGUCACGGAGCGUCUGAAUGCCAGCAAGCCGCAAGACAAGAACAAGGUCGCGGCCGCUGCGGUCAACAAUAACAAGGACCUUGAUGUUGACCCGAAGCGCGAUGAGCCCAGCUUCUUCGGAUCGUUCUUCUCUUCUGCGAAGAAUGCGCCUAAGAAGAAGGGAGCUGCUGUCAUGGAUUCACCUCCGCCGCAGAUCCGCCCGCAGGCUGCCCUCAACGACCGAGAGCUCAUGGAAACUGAGGUCAUCAAACUACUCAUCCACUCGUACUUCAACAUCGUCAAGCGCGAGAUGAUUGACAUGGUCCCGAAGGCGAUCUCACUCACUCUCGUGCAGUUCUCUAAGGACAACCUCCAACGCGAGCUCCUCCAGGAGCUGUACAAGCCCGAGGUGCUCGAUGAUCUUCUCAAGGAAUCAGAAUUCGUCGUUCAGCGCCGCAAAGAAGUCGUCUCCAUGGUCCAGGCGCUCAAUAAGGCCGAGGAGAUUGUCGCUGGUGUGUAAGGCGCGUGCUGCGUGGCGCUUAUUACAGAUAUGAACAUUGGGGUGUCAUACGAGUACUUUAAUACCCUUACUAUGCAGAGUAUUUUUCCAUGUUUAGAUGUUGUAGUCACAUUCGCGGAUUUAUUAUU